AUGGCCAAAAAUGAGUUGCUCUUUGAGCUGAAAAAACAAGACGACCCUGCUACCCAGAAAUUUAAAACUGCAGUUGAGCAUAUACUUGGGGAAAGCGCCCAUGUACGCUCGCUUACUCAAGAGUCUAUUCUAGAGGUGAAGGAUAUAGAUGAGGUAACGACGAAAGACGAGGUAUUCGAAGCACUGAUCGAAUGCCUUGGUGGAACUAAUCUUGAACCAACGGUAAUCCGCUCAAUGCGCGCUGCCUAUGGGGAUAUGCAAAUAUGCACCCUUAGCCUGCCCUCAGUGAUUGCCCGAGAGCUAGUAGGAAAAGCCAAAAUACGCAUAGGCUGGGUCAAUAGCCGAAUAAGGUCUAAAGAAGUUCUGGUGAGAUGCUACAGGUGUCAUGAUUAUGGGCGCAUGUCUAGAAACUGUAAGAGCGCAGAGGACCGAUCCGCAUUAUGUUUUAGAUGCGGAGGAAAGGAUCACAAGGCUAGAGACUGUACAAAUUCACCAUCUUGUUUCCCCUGUGCCAAAGCUGGUGAAAGUAGUACAAGACACGCGACCGGUAGUCGUGUGUGCGCCGUCUUCCAAAGAGCAAGAGGAAAACAACAGCACCAAUGA